AGGAAAGCCCGGCCCACUAUUCAUUAAUAAAUACAAAUUUCAACCCGGACCCCCACUAAAAUGCCAAUUUGCAUUUGCUUCGUCAAAAGGUAAUUGUAUUAUUAUAGGACCCCAAAACACAAAUUUAUUACUUAUUGGUCCCUAAACUAUGAAUUUAUUCGGUGCUAUAAGUAGUAAAAUUCACUCUGUAAAAACUUUUUACCCAAAAAUGACAGCGCGAUGCAUCUGAUCCCAACCUCAAUUCUAAAACCCCGACACUGUUAAACCCUAAACCCCAGCGUCUCUAUCUCUCUCUCCCCAUGGCACCGGUGGUCGGUAAAGCCAAUCCUUUCCUUGCAAGCAUGCUAUGGCGCCGGAUGAAACUCCGAUCAAUCGUCGGCGGUCGCUUGUUCCACUCACCCGCACAAUCACCGGCCGGCGACCCCGAAGCUGCUACAAUUGCCGGAAAGAAAUUUCUGGAGACGUUCACCGAAGAGUUCGAAAUCGGAUCGCGAAAAAUGUCACUGGAAACUGGUAAAAUAGCGCGAUUUGCCAAUGGCUCGGUGGUUUUAGCCAUGGAAGAGACAAAAGUGCUGUCCACAGUUACCUCAGCUAAGAGUGAUGGCAGUCGGGAUUUCUUGCCCCUCACUGUUGACUAUCAAGAGAAACAAUUUGCUCAGGGCGUGAUACCAAACACAUUUAUGAGGAGGGAGGGUGCUCCAAAAGAGCGUGAACUCUUAUGUGGUCGUAUCAUUGAUCGGCCCAUAAGACCUCUUUUUCCUGCUGGAUUUUACCAUGAUGUCCAGGUCAUGGCAAGUGUCCUAUCAUCUGAUGGGAAGCAAGAUCCGGAUGUUCUAGCAGCCAAUGCCACAUCAGCUGCGCUAAUGUUAUCUGAUAUUCCAUGGGGUGGUCCCAUUGGAGUAGUACGUAUAGGCAGGAUUUGUGGUCAAUUUAUUGUGAAUCCUAGCAUGGAUGAGUUGAGUUUGAGUGACCUUAACCUCGUUUAUGCAUGCACAAAUGACAAGACUUUGAUGAUAGACGUGCAUGCACGUGAGGUAUCCGAAAAGGACCUAGAAGCUGCACUAAGAUUGGCACACCCAGAAGCAGUUAAAUAUAUUGAGCCUCAAAUAAGGCUCGCAGCCAAAGCUGGUAAGAAAAAGAAGGAAUAUACACUGUCUAUGGUAUCUAAGGAAACCUAUGAGAAAGUCAGGAAUUUGGCUGAAUCUCCCAUUAAAGAUGUGUUUACAGACCCAACAUAUGGCAAGUUUGAAAGAGGAGAAGCAUUAGAUAAUAUUACCAAGGAUAUUAAAAAAAUAUUGGAGGAAGAAAGUGAUGAAGAAGGCCUCAAGUUUUUACCCAAAACAGUAGACACUGUACGGAAAAAGGUUGUACGAGGAAGGAUAAUAGGGGAAGGACUCAGAGUAGAUGGGAGGCGUCUAGAUGAGGUCAGACCUGUGCACUGUGAAGCUGGAAAUUUGCCUGUACUACACGGAUCAUCACUCUUUUCUCGUGGAGAUACGCAGGUUCUUUGUACGGUAACCCUUGGAGCACCUGGAGAAGCACAGCGUCUAGAUUCACUGGUUGGUCCUUCAUCGAAGAGAUUCAUGCUGCACUAUAGUUUUCCACCAUUUUCAAUCAAUGAAGUUGGUAAAAAAGUUGGCCUCAAUAGACGAGAAGUUGGGCAUGGUACCCUUGCUGAGAAAGCUCUAGUUGCCGUAUUACCUCCUGAAGAAGAUUUUCCCUAUACUGUUCGUGUGAAUUCAGAAGUCAUGGCAUCUGAUGGAUCGACAUCGAUGGCAUCGGUUUGUGCAGGGAGCAUGGCUUUGAUGGAUGCUGGGAUUCCUUUGAGAGAGCACGUAGCAGGUUUGUCGGUGGGACUUGUUAGCGAAACCGACCCGUCAACUGGUGAAAUCACGGACUACAGAAUAAUAACCGAUAUCCUGGGUUUGGAAGAUCAUCUAGGGGAUAUGGACUUCAAAAUUGCUGGAACUCGAAACGGAGUUACAGCAAUUCAGUUGGAUAUAAAGCCUGCAGGUAUCCCUUUAGAUAUUAUAUGCGAGUCUUUAGAACCUGCAUAUAAAGGCCGCCUUCAAAUCCUUGAUCACAUGGAGCGAGAGAUAAAUGUACCACGCACCCAGGAUGGUAGAAACUCUCCACGGAUAUUGAACUUGAAGUACAGCAAUGAUGCCAUCCGCCGCUUAAUUGGUCCUUUGGGUGCAUUGAAGAGAAAAAUUGAAGAAGAAACAGGUGGAAGGAUCUCGGUGAAUGAUGGUUCUCUUACAAUAGUGGCUAAAAAUCAAUCAGUACUGGAUAAAGUGCUGGAAAAGAUUGAUUUCAUAGUGGGUCGUGAGAUUGAAAAGGGGGGUGUGUAUAAAGGCGUUGUAUCUUCAAUCAAGGAAUACGGUGCCUUUGUGGAGUUCAAUGGGGGCCAACAAGGCCUCCUCCACAUUUCCGAGUUAUCCCACGAACCGGUCUCCCGAGUCUCUGAUGUACUGUCAGUCGGGCAAGUAGUAAAUUUAAUGUGCAUUGGGUUAGAUGUACGUGGCAAUAUUAAUUUAUCUCUCAAAGCCACUUUGCCUGGAGGAGGAUCAAAAACAUAUUCCGCUAUAAAGGAACAAACACCCAUGAAGUCGAAGCCUGUUAACAAUGUACAAGAAAAGCAGGAAAAGGAGAAGAAGGAUGAUAAGUCUACUAGUGGUAGUGUGGAUGGCUUAUCACCGAUUGUGAUUAGAAGUGCUGCUGAGUGUGAUGAAGAAGAAAAAUCUGCUGCUCUACGUAAAAUUCCUAAAGCUAAGUCUUGUAUAGAUGCGAAGACAUUGAAAAUUGGAAUGGAAUUGACUGGUAAAGUUCAUCAGAUUCGUGCGCACGGGCUUGUUCUUGAUUUGGGUGGUGAUCUUCGUGGAAUGUACCGGUUUGAGAAUGGUUCGAAACGAGACUUUGAGGUUGGUGAUGAAAUGCGUGUAAAGUGCUGUAGUUUCUCGACCAAAGGGGUACCCGUCAUGUCUUUGGUACAACAGUAGAAAGAAAGCCUUGGCUUAAACGCCGUAUUGGAACCAGUACAAUUUUUUUGUUGGGAACUCAAAAUUUUGACAUGAAAGACACAUGGUAAGGAGAUGAAAAUUGACGGAUGAGCACAAUGAGAUUCGUGAAUAUAGAUAAACGAUCAACGAUCAACGAUUUUUGAGCGGUUAGGUAGAAUAUUCGUCUAUGUGGAAGUGUAGUGUAACUUAUGGCUCCUGAUUUUAUGUAUAUUGUUUGCUUGCUUCAUUUUUGAAGUGCAGGAGUUGUUGAAUUAUGGCAGAUGGGUAAUUUUAUUUUUAUUUGUUUAUAUUUUUUUCUGUGUUCUUCUAGUUCUCACUGAUAUUCAUAAAAACUCAACUACUAAAUUUGUACAUAUUGGAGUCUUCCACUUAUUUAUUUGAUCUGAUAAGCACUUUAGAGUUGACGAAA